AUGGGACUACAGAAUAGCAACCGGAUACAGCGUCGAUUCAAGGGCUACAUAGCACCGGAAGGCGAGCAGGCCAGGCCCAUUACUGGAUUCUAUGAAGCUCUAGACAUGUUGAAAAAGCCCCUCUCCCAAGUUCAAUCGCUGUCCCAUACAAGUCCCGAGCCCCCCAAAGAGCCUCCGAAAACUCCCAAGGAAGAAACAUUUGCAAAAGCGCGAAUCAUCUUCGGUUCCACAACCGCGCUCGAGGAACGUAGACAAGAGAUUAUGAAAUCGUCGCAGAACAUUGCGGGAGUGCUCGUCCCUCCGCGCCCCGAAGAACCAGACAACUGCUGCAUGUCCGGCUGCGUCAACUGCGUGUGGGACAUGUACCGAGACGAGAUGGAAGAGUGGGCAGAGAAGCACGCUCAGGCGAGAGCAGCAAUGCAAGCCCAGCGACAAGAAGCAAAGGGGACUGGCAGUAUGGUGGCAGGAGAGGCAACGCCGAGCCAUGUUGCUACCAGUAUGGACGAUGACGGGGGUGGCAGUGAAACCAACUGGGACGGCGGUCUUGACGACACAGACAAGGACAAGCUGUUUGCAGACAUACCCGUCGGCAUUCGAGAAUUUAUGAAAACAGAAAAGAAGUUGAAACAGGCGCAGAAACAGGCAGAGACUGCUGCUUCUGCGUAA